UGCAUGGAGCAUACGCUUCCGAUAUUUCGUAAAAGUUUUAACAGUUAACGCUCCAGUUAUUCAUUAUUUGACACACUGUGUCCUUUGCAAAGUGAGUAAAACUUCCCUAUACGACAAAUACGUGAAGCUUGAUUACUAUGGGAAUUAAUUCACUUGUACUACUUUUAAUUUUACCUGCUGCUUGCAGAAGUUUGCAGGUGACCAUUGUGCUGAAGCCUGAUGUAGGAACCGUGGGCGACUCAGUGCAGUUUUUAGUCUCUACAGACUCACAUAAUGGUUUUUCGUUUAUAUCAUGGACUGUGAAUGGCUCCACUAUACUUACCUCUGAUGGAACCAACACCAUAACAUACCCUGUCUAUAAUGGGAGAAUCAACUUUGACAUCACUACUGGAUCACUAGAGCUGAAGAGUCUCACUCUGCAUGAUAGUGGUUCUUAUCAGGUACAAAUUCAAACCUCAGGAGAAUCUGAAGUCCAACAACAAGUCAGCCUCAAGGUUUUGGAACCAGUGUCUGAUGUCAUAAUACAAGCCAAUGCCACUGAGCUAGUGGAGUUCAAUGACUCCGUCAGCCUGACAUGCUCCGCCUCUGGUUCCUCUCCCACAUUCCAUUGGCUCAACGGCAGCUCUGACAUCAUAGUCAGUGAACGAGUUCAUCUGAGUGCUGACAAUCGCACUUUCACCAUUAGUCCUGUUUUGAGAUUUGAUCAGGAGCCAAUAUACUGCAGUGUGACCAAUAUCGUCAGUAAUACCACCAGAAAGGCUAUCAGCAUUAACAUAAACUUUGGACCCGAUAACGUUGCAGUAACUGUGAGUCCUCCAGGGCCCAUAUUCACCUCAGGAACCAGCCUCAUCCUGUCCUGCUCAGCUCAGUCCAAACCUCCUGCACAGUUUCAAUGGGCUCUUAAUGACACACUGCUGAGCCAAAGGGGUGAUAAACUCCAGCUGAUGAAUAUUAAGGGGAGUCAGAGUGGUAAUUAUACCUGCUGGGCUCAUAACACCAGAACCCUGCGGUACCAUUUAUCUGAACGCUUAGUGAUCACUGUUCUGGGUAAGUGAGAGAGAUGUCAAAUACUGGUUUAAUUUUAUUUGACUCUUAGGUCUGGUUUUCAAUAAUCUUUCCUGGUCGGAUGUACAGGUUCUCCCUUUUUGCUGUUAAUUAGGGAAUUUUAUCAUCUUUAUUUUAUUUUGCUGGUCUUUCCUCUUCUUUAUACAAAUACUGUUUGUUAGAAAGGAAAAUAAUUAAUAAUGGAUGGUAAGGUGUUUGUAUACAGAUUUCAGUUUUUUUUUUUUAAUUUAGAGAUGCCUGGUACUGACUUUGGGUACCUCUGUGUAGGAAACCCAGGUACUGGUUUGAUGUAUUAAUAUUUAAGUAUAAUAGUUACCAGCUAGAUCUGCUUUUUAUUUUUUUUUAAAUUUAGAAAUGUCAUCUACUGACAUCGGGUGCCUCUAUUUAGAAAACCCUCUGAACUCCAAACGGUACCCCAAUUGACAUCCAUCCAGUCGCUGUCCUUGUUUAAUUAUUGUUGAGUGGUAUUGUGGUAGAAAAAUCAAUAGAUUUGCAAAUACAAUGUAAUUUCAAUCAGUAAUUACCAAAGAAAUUCAUAAUGACACCGAUGAUUUAACUACAAUGACUACAAAUGAUUAAUUGCUGCUUUAGAAUGGUUAUUAUACUAUACAUGUAAUGCAAUAAUGUAAGCUUGCUUAAGUAAUGGGUUUUUUCAUUUUUAAAAUUAGAAGCAUUUUAUGAGGAACUAACAUAUGAUAGCUUAAUCUGUAAAAAGACCGGAUAAAGGUGCAACCAUGAUCCAAGGUGUUCGAACUGUUAUAGAUACCAAUAAUAGACAUUUCUGUGCUGAUGUGAUACUGUAUGUCAAGGAUAAGUAGAAAAGGGCACUAGGGAAUAUAGUGGAAGUACGAUGGAGAAAGUAACUGAAAACAGCUUGUCGAGAUGAGUUAGUGAAACCAUGAGAACAAUCGGCUUCUACAGGUUGACCCUGCCUUCAACUGAUAAAGGCAGAAGUAGCUGCUGUCCAAAGAUAUCCAAACCCUCCUUGAACUGUCUGUACACUGGCAUGGUUUUACUAUAAUAGAUGUGUGUAAUUGUUGUUCGGGGAGCAGAUCACAAG